UUAACGUGGAAGAAAUAGCGUCAGCCCUCUCUCACAAGACUUGGUUCAGCACAGUUAGGAAAAUAUAUAAAGAAACGCGUUUUGUCGUCCCAUUUUGAGCAUAACUCUUUGUUUCCCACUUGACCCCUAAAUUCGUGCCCAUUCCCACAACUGCACAUUCUUCUUUCUAUAUAUUCCAAAUCCCUUUUCCGAUUUCCACCAAAAUCUAAACCGAAAUUCCCAAUUACCCUUCCCAAUUUUCACCAAAACCUAAUACUCCCACACCAAUCUUCGAUCAUGGACGCCGAUUCACAACCUCAACAACUCGAAGAGAGAACAGAGGAGCAAGAACUGAAGUACCUGGAAUUCGUGCAAUUCGCGACCAUACAGGCUCUGAUGCGCUGCGCCAUCCUCUACUCAUACGCCAAGGAGCGCGCGGGUCCUCUGAAGCCCGGUGUCGACACCGUGGAGGAGGCCGUGAAGACCGUCGUGGCUCCGGUCUACGAUAGGUUCCACCUUGUCCCCGGCGAGGUCCUCAAAUACGCGGAUCGGAAGGUUGCCGAGUUAGACAGCCACGUUCCCUCCAACGUGAAGAAGGUCUCCUCCCAGGCCUGCUCCGUCGUCUCUGAAGUCCGCCGCGAUGGCGUCUCCGCCUACGCCAAGACCGUUUACUCCAAGUACGAGCCUACGGCGGAGCAGUGCGCAGUGUCUGCAUGGCGGAAGCUCAACCAGCUUCCGCUCUUCCCUCAGGUGGCCAAUGUUGUGUUGCCCAAGGCUGCCUAUUGCACCGAGAAGUACAACGAGGCGGUUGUUUCCUCUGCUGAGAAAGGUUACAGGGUUUCUGCUUAUCUUCCUUUGGUGCCUACUGAGAAGAUCGCCAAAGUCUUCGGUGGAAACUGAUCUCGAUCUAUUGCGGUUUUGAAUUUCUUAUUGUUUUUACUUUCUUUACAAAGUGUUGUUGCUAGUUGCUACUGUUAGUGUGUGAGUUGGAUUGGAUAUAUGAUGAUGUGAAUGUUCUGUUUUGUUAAUUACUAUAUAAUAAUAUAGAAUAAUGUUACUCAAUGCCAAGAAAAAAAGAUUAAACUCCCUGAAAA